AUGUCUCGACCGGAGGAUGACCGAGAAGGGCUGAGCCCCUCCCCAAGCAAUGUACUGAACUACCUCGACGAUGACGAAGACGACGAGGACGACGAGAAUGACCUUUACGAGCCCGCGGAGGAAGAGACCGAUAUGACUGCCUCAACGGCCGAGGACGAGGAGGAAGUCGAAUUCGCAGAUGCACAAGAACAGCCUGAGAUCGAAGUGAUAUUUGAAGGUGUAGACGAGAAUGGCGAGCAAGAAGAAGGCGAACAGACAGAGACCGAGGCCAAUGCGGGUCAGCCAACUCGUCAAGGAAUACCCAUGACGAUAGCCCAACUGUCUCGCAUACUAGGCGGUCAAGGCCCUCUCCGCCGUCUUCUCAUGCAGUCCUACCAGAACCAGACCGGCGGCGGUGCACGGCACCUGAUCAUAUCCGACGACGACGACGACGAAGAGGACGAGUCCGAGCCUGACCACGCAUACCACCACGCCUACCGCCGCAGACACCGCCGCCGACCAGUGAAACCUGCCGCUGAUCGCUUCCCACCAGUCCCUAACCCAGCCGGCAAAGAACUCAUGACUUCCGGCCUCUAUGGCUCCCGAGACUCUUUCAUCGACAUCCGUCGAAAGCGAAGACGAACCAUGUCCGAACGACUCAUGUGGCGGCGCCUAGGCCUCGACCCCGGCCGCCCCAGCAUGCGCCGCCAGAACAACUUGAUCGCGCAAGAACUCACCCCCAGCACUUCCACCGCCGACAAAAUAAUCCACUACGACUCGCGUGCCUACUCCGGCCAGUUCUCCGACGACGGCAAUUUCUUCUUCAGCUGCACCCAAAACUUCAAAGUGCGCAUGUACGACACCUCAAACCCCUACGAAUGGAAAUACUACAAGACCGUCGACUACCCCUUCGGCCAAUGGACCAUCACCGAUGCCACCCUCUCCCCAGACAACAAAUGGCUCGCCUACUCCUCGAUCCGACACACCGUCUGCCUCGCCUCCACCGACCCGAUGGACACCUCAGACUAUCAACUCCUCGACUUCACCAACUUCGCCCAGGGCGCCACCUUCACCGGCUCCCGCUCCCGCCCGGGUCACCUAGGCUAUCGCGGCCACGGUGCUUUCGGCAUCUGGUCUUUGCGCUUCUCCGGGGACGGGCGCGAGAUUGUCGCCGGAACAUCCGACCACAGCGUUGUCGUUUACGACCUCGAAACCCGCCAAUCCACAGUCAAACUCUCCAACCACGACGACGACGUCAACGCCGUCUGCUUCGGCGACUCCUCCUCCCCACACAUCCUGUACUCUGGCUCCGACGAUCAAACCCUCCGCGUCUGGGACCGUCGCUCAAUGGCCGACGGCCGCGAAGCCGGCGUCUUCGUCGGACACACCGAGGGCCUCACCUACGUCGACUCCAAGGGCGACGGGCGGUACGUCCUCUCCAACGGCAAAGACCAGAUGAUGAAACUCUGGGAUUUGCGGAAGAUGAUGUCCCCACAACAAUUCAGUCAGAUCAACCUAGCGAACUACACGUCAAACUUCGACUACCGCUUCGCGCCGUAUGAUAGCGAUGACUACACGCCUAACCCACACGAUUGCAGCGUUGUGACUUUCCGUGGGCACAGCGUACUCAAAACACUCAUCCGUUGCCACUUUUCGCCGCCUACAGCCAGCAACUCGAGAUACGUGUACUCGGGAAGUGAGGACGGGAAGGUGUACAUCUGGAAUCUAGACGGAACGCGCAAAGCAGAAGUCGACGUCUGUAAAGCAACACGGGGUUCAAGACCUAGAGACGGUGCGCGGGAGGAGAUGUUCAUGUAUGAGAUGGGGCGGAGGGGCACGGAGGGGUGGAAGACUUGUGUGCGGGAUGCGAGUUGGUGUCCUACUGCGCCUGUGCUUGCUGCGACGUCAUGGAACGGCUACGGCAUGUCCACCGGUACUGUCUCGCUGCACUCGUGGUCAGAUGGUGCGGAGCAGGAUGAUGCGGAUCCGCCGAUGGGGUCGAACUAUAACGCAAGACUGGAUAGGAAGCAAGAUUGGGAUCGCGGUAGAAAUGCCGGAGGGGUGAGGAGUCAUGCGGUGCCGUCUGGACCGAGGAGAAGUGCGCGGCAUGCUAUGGAUAGGGACGUUGAAGAAGGUGGCGGUGGUGGGGGUUGGUAG